CACAGUCGUUAAAACACCUAGCAAUAUACCAGUCAUCAGUUCAAUUUUAAUCUUGUUAAUUAAAAAUAUUAUAAAAAAGACAAAAUGUGUCUGAAAAAUAUAUUGAUCAUUUUUUUCAUAAGUUCAUUUGCCAAAAUAGAGGGGCGUUCAAUCGAAAACAAUGAUCCAGUCGGAAAAAGAGAUGAUUGCUACGAAAUUGGAUCUAACGAAGUUAAAUGUUUUUCUAAAAUCUCUCAAGACUCUAUCAAUAAAAAUUUAUCUAACAGGAGUCUACUCAAUUCGAUAAGGAAUAAUAAUAAUGCAAUGAGUACUCUUGAGUACAAUGUAAAAAGAAAAACCAUUUAUGGUGAUGAUAAUAAUGUUAAAACUUGGACCAUGUCUAACAAUGAUGGAAUACUGGCCAUCAAAGAUCGAGAUUAUAAUAAGAACACAGUCCUCAUUAACAAUGAUAAUCAUGUUAUUACCGUUGAUACGCACAGUGAUAAUUUAAACAUAAUCAAAAUCAAAAGAGAUAGCGAUAAAAUUACUUUUAAUGGUGAUGAUAAAAACGUUAAUUUGAUAACUAUUGAACAUAAUAGCGACGUACUUGCCAUCAAAGAACGGGAUGAUAAUAAAAAUACAGUUUCUAUCAGCAGUAAUAGUAAUGAUAUUAAUAUCGAUAGUAAUAGUAAUAAUUUAAAUACAGUCGCUGUUAAAGGUCAUAGUGGAAGACUUAGCAGUAAGGGUGAUGAUAAAAAUGUUAAUUCAUUAACUAUCGAUAACAAUAGUAAAACACUCGCUAUUACCGAUAGGGAUGAUAACAAAAAUACUAUUGCUGUUAAUAAUGAUAGUGAUGAAAUAACUAUUGUUACCAAUAGUAAUAAUGAAAAUACAGUUGCGGUUAGAAAUAAAAGUAAGAAGCUUACUAUUAAUGGUGAUGAUAAAAAUAUUAAUUCCUGUACUAUUACUAAUAAUAUAGGCGUAGUUGCGAUUAAAGAAAGAGAUGACAGCAAAAAUACAAUUAGUAUUCGAGACGAUAGUCAUGAAAUUUCUAUUAAUACUAACAGCAAUAAUGUAAAUACAAUCGCUGUUGACCAUGAUAGUGAUAAAAUCACUAUUAAUGGCGACGACAAAAAUGUUAAUACACUUACUAUUGGGCAACAUAAUAGGGACAUAGUUGCUAUUAAAGUAAUAGACGAUAGUAAGAACACAAUUACUAUUAAUAACGAUAGUAAUGAUGUUAAUAUUGUUACUAAUAGCGGUAAUAUGAAUACACUGGCUAUUAAAGGUGAUAGUAAUAGAGUAACUAUUCAUGGUGAUGAUAAGAAUGUUAAUAUAAUUACCCUUGAACGUAAUAGAAAUAUAGUUACUAUUGAAGAAGGAGAUGAUAGUGAGAAUUCAAUUACUAUUAAGAAAGACAGCGAUGAAAUUAAUAUUUCUACUAAGAGUCGUAAUGUGAAUACUCUUGCUAUUAAUCAUAAUAGUAAUGGAAUAACUAUUAAAGGUGAUGACAAAAAUGCUGUUACGUGUACUAUUGACAAUAAUAGCGAAACACUUAUUAUUAUAAAUAGAAAUGAUAAUAAAAACUCGGUUUCUAUGAAAAAUAAUAGGCAUCUAAUUAAUAUGGAAAAUAAUGAUAAUAAUAUGAAUAAAAUUCAUAUUAAAGGUGAUAAUCAAAAGAUUUCGAUCAAUAAUAAUGGUAAUAAUGUUAACACAAUCGUUAUAGAUGGUGAUAGUAGAUUUAUUACUAUUAAUAAUAAAAAUGAUUAUAAUGUAAAUAUAAUUACUAUUAAAAAUCAUAGAGGAAAGGUUAUUAUUAAUAAUAAUGGCAAUCACAACAAUGUUAAUAUUGUAAAUAAUAAGAAUUAUGAUGACAAUAAUGACUAUGAUAAAUAUGAAGAAUAUGAUGAAUAUGAUGAAUAAGAGUUGUAAUGCUUUUAUAUUUUAUUGAAUGGAUCCAAAUUCAAUACUGUCCAUUGCUGACCAUUGGCGAAAAAUACUUGUGUAUAGAAAACUGUUCUUUCCUGCUUUUAU